AUGGGGAUGGUUGAGGAAGCCUCCGUAUACCAGGGGCUUUGGCCCUUGGGCAUCGCUAUCAUUUUCUGCGGGUCUCUUGCAGGAGCGGCUGGAGAUACAAUGGUGCGAAUGUCUUAUAGCUCUGCGGGGCCGGAGCCCUCUACUAAACAAAUGCUGAAAAAUCCUAUGUUUGUAGUAGGGAUGAUAUUAACAACAGCAGUAGAUGCUGCCUGUACACUCGGCGCUCUCACCUUUGCCCCCUCCUCUAUGGUCACGCCCUUUGCGGGUGUACACAUCUUCUGGGCUGUAUUAUUAUCACAUUUUUGGUUGCGAGAGAGUGUGGGGCGUUGGGAGGUGUUGGGAUCGAGUUGUGUGAUCAGCGGCGUUUUAUUAUUAGUAUUAUUCGCCGGCAAGGAGACAGAAUUAAACAUGCUGCAGCAGUUCGCACAAGCUGCUGCUGCGCCUCUACCCCUCAUCUAUAUUGCUUUAUCAGCUGCUGCUGCUCUCACUCUCAUCAUUCUUAGUCAAAAACUAUAUCCUUGCUCUUUAGGAUCUUGGGAGCUACCUGUUCAACGUUUGUCUCUGGCGUUGGCUUCUGGGGUAUUUGGGGGCAACACAAAUGUCUCUGCGAAGGUUUUAACAAUCGCAGCAACUCAGUUAUUUAAAGGAGACUUAUCUAUUUUGUCGAGCUGGGAGGCUUAUGUUGUCUUCUUCGCAACCGUCUCGUUGGCGUUACUACAGUUGUUGUUUUUAAAUACAGCACUCCGAAAAUUUGAGGCAAUAUAUGUAAUCCCAACUACAAAUAGUUGUUUAGUAGCAGAGGGCAUCCCACCACGGCCCAUUGAAGAACCUCCCGAAUCGUACAGGUCUUGGGCCCCUUCGAGUGAAGCAAUUUCUAUCCCUCCUAGGUUGACGGAGUUCUUCCCCAGCCCCACAGCUAUCCUAACUGCGCAUGCAGUGCAGCAAAUAUUUCCACCUCUGAGCUCCAAGACCCCUUCUUUAGUAGACCCUACGAUAUCAGAUAUGACAUCAGCAGCACCUUUGGGGGCCCCUGGGGGCCCCCAGGGUUUGUCUAUAUAUUCAAAGCUGGGCCCGAAUGAUGCUGAAGGAGACAAAGCAUUAGCUAUCUCCGUUGGAUGUGGAGACAGCUGCUGCAGCGGGCAGCAGCAGCAGCAGCAGCAACAGCAGCAGCAGCAGCAGCUGCAGCUGCUGCUGCAGCAGCAAGCUGCUGGAGAGAGCAGCGACAGUACCAGCGACCGCAGCAACAGACGCUUCAGCUCCCCUCUGCCGCAGCAAGAAACAGCAGCAGCAGCAGCAGCUGCUGCUGCUUCUUCAGCCCCAGAAACAGCAACAGCAGCAGCAGCAGCAGAAAGCAGCAGCAGACGGGCGGGGGUUACAGGGAGCAGCCGUAGCGCCUCGCCUACUCCUAGGGGGGCCCCUCGGGGCCCCUAUUCAAGGCGUUCGCAUGCAGCAGCAGCAACAGCAGCAGAUGCAGCAGCAACAGCAGCAGGAAGGAAAGAGGCAGCAGCAGCGAAAGCCGCAGGAACACGGGCGUUGAGGGCAGCACCUGCAGUAAGAGCAGCACCUACAGAAGUAGCAGCAACACCACGAGCAGCAGCAGCAGCAGCAGCAGCAGCAUCUACUCUUUCGGCAGGUGGAGACCCUUCAGUUCAGCAGCAGCAGCAGCAGCACGAGGAGGAUUUAAGAGGAGCUGCUGUACCAGCAGCUGCUGCUGAUGCGGUGUAUCUACGUAGCAGCAGCGGCAGCAUCAGCCGCAAAAGCAGCAGCAGCAGCAUCAUUAGGGGCCCCGAAAGGUUUCCCUAG